GGAUCAUAAUUCCUUUUCAAACAUGGACUGUUUAUUUAAUCCUUCUGUUCGUACUACUAAUGAUUUGUGAUAUAACCUUAAUUGUUGCAGUUCCACCACUGGUCGCCUAUAUUCGUCAGGACACCAGGGGGCGGUAUAACAAAGUAUUGCUCUCCUCAACCAGGAAGUAGUUCACUUCCGUUCUAUCAAAAUGGAAACAGUUUCCCAAACUUAGCUUUAUAGCAUAUUUAACAGCAAUGUAUAGGGCAAUGUUCACUUCAAUUGUUUGAUGUAAUAACGAGCCGCUCACGUAAAAGCUAAUGAUUCCGUAGACUUGCUCAUCGAGGUGACAAUCGUGAACUAACUUGCUGUGAACAGAACCGGAAACGUCCUCACAGCUAACGUUAGCUCAGCUACAAGCUAACGUUAUAUCUAAUUUCCUGACAUUAUUCUGCAUUAAAGACACUCGUAGUGUAUUUUCCGUGUUUAACGCCGGUAGCAGACGUCAUCAGAAUGCACCGGAGAGGAGUCGGUGCGGGCGCUAUUGCCAAAAAGAAGCUCGCAGAGGCCAAAUACAAAGAAAGAGGGAAUGUUCUUGCAGAGGACCAAAUUGUUCAAAUGUCAAAGCAGUUGGAGACCUUCAAGUCCAACCUGGAGGAGUUCGCCAGCAAACAUAAGCAAGAAAUCCGAAAGAACUCCCAGUUCAGGGUUCAGUUUCAGGAGAUGUGCUCCACUAUUGGUGUCGACCCGCUCGCCUCCGGCAAAGGGUUCUGGUCCGAGAUGCUUGGCGUCGGUGACUUCUAUUACGAGCUCGGCGUUCAAAUUAUUGAAGUGUGUUUAGCCCUGAAACACAGAAAUGGAGGGCUCAUUACUUUGGAUGAACUCCAUCACAGGGUGCUGAAGGGAAGAGGCAAAUACGCUCAGGACGUAAGCCAAGACGACUUGAUGAGAGCCAUAAAGAAGCUAAAGGUGAUGGGGAACGGCUUUGGGAUGAUUCCGGUCGGAGGCUCCUAUUUGGUGCAGUCGGUCCCAGCUGAGCUCAACAUGGAUCACACCGUAGUUCUGCAGCUGGCCGAGAAAAAAGGCUACGUGACGGUGAGUGAGAUCAAGGACAGUCUGAAGUGGGAGAAGGAACGAGCCUGUCACGUCUUGGACCACCUGCUGAAAGAAGGCCUGGCCUGGCUGGACUCUCAGGCCGCUGAGGAGGCGCAGUACUGGCUGCCCGCCCUCUUCGCCGAGCUGACCUCCCGUGACGUCACACCGGAGGAGGCCAAUCAGAUGGCGCCUUGAAAUUGUUGCUAAUGUUGUGAAAGCGAUCGCGAGCCCGGUGACACGGGGCGCCGAGGAGGAGCAAGCGUCUCCUAGGCAACGGGUGCGGUCACAUAACUUUCGGACACUGGGAGUCCCGCCACUGGUGUUUCGCCUUUCAGGUGGUUACGCAUCAACGUACAGAUAAACGUGUGGUUUUUUUUCAUAUAACUUAUAAAUAAAUAACUUUCCUCUGCUCCCUU